AUGCCCCGUCGCUUCUCGCACGGCCGACCGCCGGCAACAGUAUACGGCACUUCCCGCUAUUUCCAUGGCCACCCCGUAUCGAAUAACUUUUGGGCUCCAAUCCAGCAAGCCAGCCCGCGUUGCUUGGAGGAGGCUGUCUCAGAGCGCCUGCUAACGCCGUUCAUUGUCUGCCAGACGUACACUAAGAGCCCCUGGCAUCUGCAACAUGACUAUUGCACCCAAAGACUGGAGGAUCGAUUGGUUGACGUGCAGCUUAUCACAACUCAGCUUCAGCUCCUGGUCUUUGGGCUGCUCAUUCCGGAGUGUGGUACCUACUACCACAAGUGCUACAGUACAGGCAGUAGAAGACAGCUAGAAGCAUGGAAGCACAGGGGCCCCCCUGCAAGAGCAUGGAGCAUGCAGCCCAAAGAGCGGAGACGCAAUGCCAGAGAGCGAUCAGGAUUGCAGUAUACGCUGAGUGUCCCCCGUGUCUGUGUCGAAAUUCUCCUAGCAGAGUCUAGUGCAACGCCAGACACGCUCACAUCACCACCUGUCAAGCCACUUAGCGCACAGGGCAUCAAGGCGGUACAGUGUCUUGUCACAAGCGCAAAACGGUACCGUUGCUUGCAUCCCGAACUGGAGAUUGCUCGGUGGUUUGAACGGAAAGCUGAGCAGCGACCCGGUAGAUCAUUUCGCGCUACUCUUGCACUACCGGAGCGCCGGCUCCUGGAUAAAACGGAAAGCUACCUAGUUUCUCUUUUGCCUAUUGCACAAUCACCGGCGCGGCGCUCCCGAAUAGGCAGUAUGCGAUGCUUCCAUGCUCUUUUGGCGCAGAACUGCCAGCCGCACUUUGUUGCCCUACAAACUGACGCCAGGAAUGGAAUCUAG